GCCGUUAAACGACGCGGCCGCAAGGCGGCCGCUCCCUGCUGGACCUUCUUCUCGGCCCCUUGGCCCUCGGACGCUGAGAGCCAUGGCCCUGCCGCUUCUGCCUGGCAACAGUUUCAACCGCAACGUGGGAAAGGAGAAGUUCCACAAAUCUCAACAUUGGGGCUUUUGCAACAAUGUGAGCAUGCUGGUGAGUGAAGAUAAACCCGGAAUUGGUGGAGAACUGCUUCUCGGGCAAAAGAUGAAGCCGAAAUACAGUGUAUUUCCUAAAGGAAUGGGAAGUGAUGUGCCAUCCUGGGUAGCUUUUGAUAAGCAGGUAUUAUCUUUUGAUGCCUAUUUAGAAGAUGAAGUGCCUGAAAAAAGUCAAGAAAACUAUAGAAUAAGACGCUAUAAAAUCUACUUCUACCUUGAAGAUGACACAAUUCAAGUAAAUGAACCAGAAUUGAAAAAUAGUGGAAUGCCUCAAGGAACUUUUAUCCGGCGUCAUCGGAUUUCACUCCCACCUCCUGAUGAAGAUCAGUUUUAUACUGUGCAUCAUUUCAAUAUCAACAUAGACAUCAUCUUUUAUGGCCGGACAUUCAAGAUUUAUGACUGUGAUACGUUCACAAAAAACUUUCUGAAGAAAAUAGGAGUCAAAUUAAACCCCCCGGGACAGUGUCCAGAAGAUCCUUACAUGAAGAUGCGGAGAGAGACACUAGACUGCAUGGAGCCCUUACGUCCCUAUGAGUCCUUUGACACCCUGAAACAGUUCCUUGAGUACGAUAGGAAGGUGUUACGUUUUUUCUGCCUGUGGGACGACUCAGCCUCGGUGUUUGGGGACCGUAGGGAACUCAUUCUGCAUUACUUCCUGUCUGAUGAUACCAUUGAAGUCAAAGAAGUGAUGCCACACAACUCAGGCCGGGAUGCUAUGUCAUUGUUCCUCCAGAGGAGAAAGCUCCCCAAGUAUGGCCCACCUGGAGUCUAUCAGCCAGGCCAGAUAACAGAUCGAACAGUUCUUAAUGUGUACGGUGGCUUGACAGAGAACCGAGUGGGCAGCUACCUGUUGGAUAAAUACAAGCUAGGAAAAGUAGAUCAAGAGUUUUACAAAGAUUGUGACCUGUUCAUAGGAGCCACCAUCAACGUGUGGGGAAGGAAAGUGCUUCUUUGUGACUGUGAUGAAUUUACAAAGACUUAUUAUAAGACGAAAUAUGGAAUUGAGAACUUCACCUCGAUUCCAUGCAAGGCUCCACCUUCUCCAAAAAUAGAAAGGAAAUUUCCACCUUAUACCGGCUUUGGUUCUGAAGAGGAUUCUCUCCGCUCCUGCAUAGGCCUCAUGCCCACACGUCUUCAGAGGAACUUCAAGAAGUUCAUGGAAAAAGACAGCUAUGGCAACAUAAGCAAUACACUCCGGUUUUUUGCAAAACUCUUCACACACAAAUAUGCAGACGUGGACAGGAUGUUUGUUAUUUCGUACUUUCUCAGUGAUGACACGAUUUCAGUGUUUGAACAUAUAGAGAGGAAUUCAGGGAUUACUGGUGGGAAGUUCUUGAAAAGAAUUCGUGUUAAGAAGCCUGGACAAGAGGUCUUUAAAAGUGAACUAUCAGAAUAUAUCAAGGCCGAGGAUCUGUAUAUCGGAGCCAAAGUGAACGUGAAUGGCUACCUGUUUCUUUUGCUCAAUGCUGACGAGUACACCUUAAACUACAUGGAAACGAAUUCAGAUAAGUUUCCCAUGAGCAGCAUUGAACUUGUCCUACAAAAGCUGAAAGAAGAAGAAUCAAAAUCCAGAGAGAUCAAGCAGGUAUUUACGGCUGCUGACUGUAGGCACACAAAGAUGGUGGACUAUAAUACAUUCAGAGACAUAAUAAUGAGUCUAACUGUUGGGAAAUUCACAGACCAUGAAGUUAUAACCCUUGCACGUCACUACCAGGUGCCCGAGGACACAAGUCCUAAUAUGAAUGUCCUAAUUGCACAGGCCCAUGAACAGCUCAAGAAGAACACUUUUGAGAAUUUUGAAAGACUCACUGCUACUUGUGUAUACCAAGAUCGAGAAAAAAAAAAAGUACUACCCAGCAAAGACAUCAGAAGGCUGUGCAAGUCCUCCAGGUUACCUUUGACCAAUGAUCUUCUGGGAUCCAUACUGUCCGGGUUUGAAGACAGUAAAGAACAAAUAAAUUAUGAGUCAUUUUUCUGCGCCCUGAACUGGAGAAUGAAUCCGAUGCCCCAGUUGGAAGCACCGUCAUACAUGAAAGAGAGAUGUGAAGAUGAGUGGCUCGGGAUGCCAUCACCUAUUCGCGUGAAAUACAUUAACUACAUACGCCUUUUAAAGGAUGUGUUCGGCUUAGAGGAGUAACCACAUGCCAUUGAUUUCCUGCUCUCAUUUUACUAAGUUUAUUUCAGUAGAUAUCAUUUCAUUAAAAAAAAAAUACAAGGUUCAUACUGAAUUGAAAUCCAUAGGCCACAUUCCUUUUGUCACUUUAGUUUUUCAAAACAUCAUAUUACAUUGUUGAUGUACCAGCAUUAUUAAAAAUGCCAUUUAAAGAAAUGUAAAACAUUUUUAUUACAUGUAUGAUUUAUUAAUACCAAAGAAUCUUAUGGUAAUUUUCUAUCCAGCAUAAUUUGAUUCAUUGCAACACAAAAAGAAAAUUACUCUUGACAGCUAUACAUGACAAUAUAAAAUCAAAUUAUAUCUGAGCAAUAACUUGUGAUUCUAUUAAACAUUUUUUGAAAUCUUUUUGACACAUGUUUAUUACUUAUAUAAUUAAAUUUUGCAGCA